CACAGGAGAAUGGCUUCCGAUAACGCCUCCUCUGUGACAGAGUUUAUCCUCGCAGGCUUAACAGACCAGCCAGGACUGCAGAUCCCCCUCCUCUUCCUGUUUCUAGGUUUCUACCUGGUCACCGUGGUGGGGAACCUGGGCUUAAUAACCCUGAUUGGACUGAACUCUCACCUUCAUAUUCCCAUGUACUUUUUCCUCUUCAACUUGUCCUUCAUAGAUUUUAGUUUCUCUACUGCCAUCAUCCCCAAAAUGCUGAUGAGUUUUGUCUCAAAGAAGAACAACAUCUCCUAUGAAGGGUGUAUGACUCAGCUCUUUUUCUUUUGUUUCUUUGUCUUUUCUGAAUCCUUCAUCCUGUCAGCCAUGGCGUAUGACCGCUAUGUUGCCAUCUGUAAGCCACUGUUGUACACGGUCACCAUGUCUCCUCAGGUGUGUUUACUCCUUUUGUUGGGUGUCUAUGGGAUGGGGGUUUUUGGGGCUACAGCUCAUAUUGGAAAUAUGCUGUUUCUGACCUUUUGUGCCAACAACCUUGUCAAUCAUUAUAUGUGUGACAUCCUUCCCCUCCUUGAGCUCUCCUGCAACAGCUCUUACAUCAAUUUUCUGGUGCUCUUUAUUGUUGUGACCAUUGGCAUUGGGGUGCCUAUUGUUGCCAUUUUUGUUUCUUAUGGUUUCAUUAUUUCCAGCAUUUUCCACAUUAGCUCCACUGAAGGCAGAUCCAAAGCCUUCAGUACCUGCAGUUCCCAUAUAAUUGCAGUUUCUUUUUUCUUUGGGUCAGGAGCUUUUAUGUACCUCAAACCACCUUCUAUUUUACCUCUUGACCAGGGGAAAGUAUCCUCUUUGUUCUAUACCAUUCUUGUGCCCAUGUUCAACCCAUUAAUCUAUAGCCUGAGGAAUAAGGAUGUCAAACUUGCCCUGAAGAAAACCUUAAACAGAAAAAUCUUCUCUUGA